GGUGUCAAAUUUGCAAUAGACGUCUCAGUGCGUUCCAUGGUGUCGCUUUUCGUUUUAAAAAGAAAAACAGAAUAGUCCGUUACUGCGCUGACUAGGCUGAUGCAGCAAUUUUUUCAUUUCAAUCAACCGCGGCAGCUGACCAAGAAACGGCUGGAAUAGGCGCUGAGACUUGUGUUAUUUUAAUUAUCAGCUGUAUCAGUAACAGCACAAAUAAUCGGUAGUAGCCACCCAAGUUCAGUUAAAACGGUACCAAAAAUCAUAAAACAACAGCAAAACAGCAAAGCAAGAUAACCAUAGAAGAAAGACGAGGACGACGAGAGAACAAAACAGCAAGAAUGGCCAAAUUAGCAACGGCUGUUGAAACUGGAAAAUGUGAAAUAUUCUGUAACAAAAUUAGUAACAAGUUAUAAUGUUAAGGGAAACAGCCAUAGAAGAAAAAAAACGGUGUAACGAAAUAAACAGAUACAUUAAUUAUAGCAGCAGUAGCAGCUGCAAGGAAGUGCAAGAAGGUGCAUAAUAACUAUAUCAACAAUAAACAAAGAAUAUAAUUAGCAACGGCAGAAAUACGUCGGCAGUAGCUAUACCAGCAGCAGCUGCAGCAACAAGAGUUAACACAGCAACUUGUGAUAACAACAAUAUCAACGGAAACAUAAAUAGCUAAAAAAUAAUAAUAAUAAUAAUAAACGGGGCAUGUUAGCAACAUCGACAACAUCGCAACAUCGAUAACAUCGCAACAUCGAUAAGAUCGCAACAUCGAUAAGAUCGCAGCAUCGAUAAGAUCGCAACAACGAUAACAUCGCAACGGUAACAACAUCAACACCAAAAAAAUAAUCAGCAAUAUCGUUUUAACAGUAGUACCAAAAGCAAUAGUAAAAGUUACAAUGGUAACGUUAGAUAUAUAACAUUAUCAACAUUGUGGGCAACGACAUCUGCAGCAAUACUAGCAACAAUAGAAACAUUAUCUUAACAACAGCAUUAUCAAAAGCUAAAUUAGCACAAACAAAAUCUCAUCGACUACAGUAGCAAAAACUGCACCAUUAGUUACAUAUUUAAACAGUAACGUUAUCAAUAGCCAUAUUAUCUACUGACAGAAAUUCAACCAGUGUGGUAUUAACAACAACAAUACCAACACAUAUAACACAUCCUGUAGAGAAAAAAUAGCAGCAACAAUGGCGCGGCAGCCUGACGUGCCGAUCGAAUCAUGCUGUCACCCGACAGACAGUAGUCUUAAAACUCAUUUUGCUGAAGUUCCUGAUCCGGAAUGUGAAUGGUAUGGCAGAGCCAAUUUGAUGGAAGUAAAUUAUGAUGACACCAACAUAGACCCGCUGACACUAGAGUGUGUCUUGCGUGACAAGGGUGAAUACGAGACUCUAGAUAUGUACAUAGCUGAAGCGGCUGCCCAACAAGAACAACAGCGACAAGAAGAUCGUGUGAAAGAAGCCGAAAUAGAUAUUGUCCAUCCGAUUGUUUGGACGGAAACACCCAGUCACGAUGCCCUGACCAACUUCAAACUGAAACUGUUGCUCACCUUACGAAAAAUCCUCGUCGGAGAAAUUUCAUGCACAGAGUUUCACGCUAUCAGUGCUCUACUGAAUCUCACCGAGGUGAGAGAGUUACUGGAAAAGCAAGCGAAAUCAAAAGAUGUAAUAUUGGAUUCGGGGGCAAUCAAGACUAUCUACGAGUUCGUGAAUGAAGUGAUACCGCCAACACGAGAAUUCAUGGCAAAUUUAACGGAAGCCAUCGAGCGAGACUUAUCAGAUCCUAUCAUGUGUCCUCCCUAUGACAAGCUCAUUCCUGAACUUCCCAAAUUUGACGAAUACAUGAAGAACAUGAUUACAAUCAAGGCACAUAUUGAAAACAACGGUGGCGUAGAACAAGUCGACAACAUGCUGAAUCUGCUUGUACUAAAACCUACUGAACUGUUCUCAGUGAUGCUGCAGCAUCCAGAAUGGCUGCGUUACAGAGUGUACUACGAAGUAAGGGAAUUGAUCAAGUAUACACCACAGCAUCACGAAGAUAAUUCCAGUCUGAGGAAGGUUCUAGAUUACCUGAAACCGACAGACAAUAUCACGAGAAUGCCUAAUUAUGUACGUAAUUUUUCACAUCUCUUAGUAGCAAUCCAAAAUACGACACGCUAG